AUGUCGUCGCGCGAUGCGAGGCGCGCCACGAGCCCAAACGGAAUGCCGAGGGGCGACCCCCAGCAGGAGGUCGAUGGCGACGGCAGCGGCGCGGCGGUGAUAUCGGCGGCGGGCAGCGGAGCGGCGGUUGUCCUCGUUGCGGUCAUCCGCGGGUCCGGCAGCGCGGCGGCACCCGGCGACGUUGCAGACGGCACGCCGGCCCUGGGGUUCGGCGGCAGCGGCGACGGUGCGGCGGCGGCGGCGGCGGCUGCAGUCCAUGGUGCGCCACCAGCGGUUUGCGACGGCGACGAUGAAGUGGCGUCGGCGGUGGCGGGUCGCCACGGUGCAGCGGCAGCAGCGGUUGGCGAAGCGGUGAUAGUACCCCCCGCGGUGGCAGCGACGGCAGGCCAAGGCGCAGUGGUGGCAGCGGGCGGCCAAGCGGCAGUGGUCCCGGGUUCCAACUCCCUGGGGAGGGUGUUCCCCUGUUGCUUGCAAGUCAAACUCAAAAUGGGUUCGGGAAAGUGGCCAGCGCGGUGGUGGAAAACGUCAACAUCCAUUUGUUCGGCACGACCUAACACACCCACAUCACACUCAGACGCAACUCCUUCCCUCGCAUCAAACAUCCCCGCACUCGUCCCCGAGUCUCCCUGCAACUGCUCACCACCUGUGGGUGUUGACAUCCUAGUGUGGCAUACCGGAGCUUGAGAGGUUACAGCAGGAUUCACUACAGGAACAACAGGAACAUCAAGCACAGACAUACCAGCAACGGGAACACCAGACACCCCCCCAUCACUAACAACUCCAAUCUCAUUUCCAGACACAGAAUCAGACUCGCCUAGAGAAUUCACAUUACAUGUGAGGAAGAGGCGAAGAGGAGCGCCACUUGCUGGAAGAAUGUCGCCCGGAGGUGGAGAGGGGGUCGCCGUCGAGGAGGCAGAGGUCGUUGGUGGUGCGCUGAUGUACUGCUGCUGCUGCUGCU